ACAUGAUGUACUUGCGUUAUACUUUUUGAAACAUUACCUGAAAUAUCUGUUACAAUAGUUGGAAUGCAUUCAGUUGUACACCUGACUAGGUAUCCCGUUAUCCCAAUCCAUCACUCCAUAAUGAUGGGGGAAGGGAGAAUCCUCAUCCCUACGUCUGACGUCGGGGCGUGAAAGAGAGGGCAGGCGAGGAGGAGAGGAAGCUGCGAUAAACACAGGCAGGGCGUCUGAGCCUAAACAAGGACAAAGUGAUCACGGUAUCAAUGCUCUAACAAUGGACUUAGCAGAUAUGCUUGUCGUCAAAUUCUUCUGUUUCGUCUACUUAAUAAAUUACACCCAGGGUUAUCAUAAUGGGAACCCCCUGAACAAGUAUGUGCGUCACUACGAGGGUCUGUCCUAUAACACCUAUGAGAUACAUGACAAGCACCUGAGAGUCAAGAGGGCCCUCCACCACCAAGACAMRUUUCUCCAUCUSGACUUCCACGCACACGGAAGACAUUUUAACCUGAGGAUGAAGAGAGACACCAGUCUGUUUGCUGAGGACCUGAAGGUAGACAUGGGAGGACAGGAGGUGAACUAUGACACCUCUCAUAUCUACACUGGAGAAAUAUACGGUGAGAAAGGUACCCUGAGCCAUGGGUCUUUGGUGGAUGGGAAGUUUGAGGGCUUCAUCCAGACGUACCAGGGGACGUUCUACGUAGAGCCAGCUGAGAGAUACCUGAAGGACCGGGACGUUCCCUUCCAUUCAGUUAUCUACCACGAGGACGACAUCACUUACCCCCAUAAGUAUGGUCCAGAGGGGGGCUGCGCCGACCACUCGGUGUUUGAGAGGAUGAAGAGAUACCAGGCCACUGCCAUGGAGGAGCCAAACCAGAAGCUCCAUGCAGAGGAGGCGUCCAGUGACCCGGUGUUGCUGAGGAAGAGGAGGACGGCUCAGAUAGAGAAGAACACCUGUCAACUCUUCAUCCAGACAGACCACCUCUUCUUCAAGUACUACAAGACCAGGGAGGCUGUCAUCGCACAGAUCUCUAGUCACAUCAAGGCUAUAGAUGCCAUCUACCAGGGAACAGACUUCAUGGGCAUCCGGAACAUCAGCUUUAUGGUCAAGAGGAUACGGAUCAACACCACUACAGAUGAGAGGGACCGGUCCAACCCUUUCCGCUUCGCUAACAUCGGCGUGGAGAAGUUCCUGGAGCUGAACUCUGAGCAGAACCAUGAUGACUACUGUCUGGCCUACGUCUUCACUGACCGGGACUUUGAUGAUGGUGUGCUGGGUCUGGCCUGGGUCGGAGCUCCUGCAGGGAGUUCUGGAGGGAUCUGUGAGAAGAGUAAGCUGUACUCUGACGGGAAGAAGAAGUCCCUGAAUACCGGCAUCAUCACUGUUCAGAACUACGCCUCCCACGUCCCUCCGAAGGUCUCACACAUCACCUUUGCCCACGAGGUGGGGCACAACUUUGGCUCUCCGGUGAGUUGCCGCAGCCUGACAACAGGAAGUGUAAACAAAAAACCCAACAAAGUCUGCAGUCCYAGCCAGGGCCCGUGCUGUACUCCUGAGUGCUACUAUAAGGGCCGUAAUGAGAAGUGUCGUGAGGAGUCUGAGUGUGCUCAUCAGGGCAUGUGUAACGGGGGUACGGCCCAGUGCCCCACCUCUGAACCCAAGGCCAACUUCACCGCCUGCCACGGAGAGACUCAAGUGUGCCUCAACGGGGGCUGUUCUGGCUCCAUCUGUGAGAAGUAUGGUCUGGAGGUCUGUACCUGUGCCAGCGUGGAGGGCAAGGACGAGACUGACGAGCUGUGCCACGUUUGCUGUAGUGAGAAAAUGGAUCCCAACACCUGCAGCAGUACAGGUUCAGAGAAGCUGGCCCGGUUCUUCAAUAAGAAAGUCACCACGCUGCCCGCGGGGUCUCCCUGCAACGACUUCAAGGGCUACUGUGACGUGUUCAUGAGGUGUCGGCUGGUGGACGCAGACGGCCCUCUGGCCAGACUGAAGAAGGCCAUCUUCAACCCCGAGCUCUAUGAGAACAUUGCAGAGUGGAUAGUGGCUCACUGGUGGGCAGUGUUGUUGAUGGGCAUCGCUCUGAUCAUGUUGAUGGCUGGCUUCAUUAAGAUCUGUAGUGUCCACACCCCUUCCAGCAAUCCCAAACUGCCCCCACCCAAACCACUACCAGGUGAGUGUCUGUCGUCACCCCCAGCUCUCCCACCCAAACCACUACCAGGUGAGUGUCUGUCGUCACACCCAGCUCUCCCACCCAAACCACUACCAGGCACGCUAAAGAGGAGGAGAGCCCAGCAGCACGCCCGGGACGCCCGAGACGCCCAGGUGCACCAGUCCCAGUCCCACCACGGAGGUGGAGAUCACGGCCAGCACCACCCAGUCUCCGGAGGCCAGCGGCAGCAGCCCACACGCCAGGCCCAGCCACAGCCCCAGCCUCAGAGGCACCACCGCAGCCAGGGCCAGCCCAGAGAAAACUACCAGAUGGGUCAGAUGAGACGCUGAGCUGUUGAGACACUGGGGCUUCGGGGGUUGGGACCGCUCGGGGUUGGGACCGCUCGGUCCGCUGCUCCCUCCAUCGACUGCUCCUUGCCUUGGCUCCUCCACGUGCCUAUCUAUGUAACUGGUGGGACUGGGCUUUGAACCGAUUUGUGGGAUUUUAAUCCGGGUCUUCAGGGUGGGAAUCUGACGUCYUGACCGUUUAGAUCAACAGGAUUUUCUUAGCUUUUUUUCUUGAUUAGGAUCGAUGGAAUCAAGGGAAAGGGAACCACACUUUAGUUUUUACACGUUUUUUUUUAGGAUUUCCUCUUGGUCUAAUGGUUAAGGUGUUGGUUGCCACGUGGGAGGACCUGGGUUCGAAUCCCACCGGUUUACACCUAACAGUAGGAUAUAACACUUGCUUCAGUCCUUCCAAAGAACAGCCUUAACUGGUUGUUUACCAUCCUCAUACCCUCCAUCUACAAACAAAACAGAGUUGAGAAAGUGAGAAUAAACGGACCCCCCCCCUCCAACGACCACCACUGACGGCUGACCACUUCAGUCUUGUUUUCUGUGGCUCUCGAUGUGCAGUGGAAUCCACCAUCAGUCAUUUUGUUUGACCAUCCACCAUUUUGUCUUUUUUGUGGAGUGGAAGUGACCAUCUACCAUUUUGUCUUUUUUGUGGAGUGGAAGUGACCAUCCACCAUUUUUUUUUGUGUGGAGUGGAGUGGAAGUGACCAUCCACCAUUUUGUCUUUUUUGUGGAGUGGAAGUGACCAUCCACCAUUUUGUCUUUUUUUGUGGAGUGGAAGUGACCAUUGGCCAUUUCCAAUGCAGUAGGUCUUCGGUCUGCCUCUUUUUCCCACCAAAUCUUUCUUUCUUUCAAUGGAGUGCCAACGAGUGGAGGAAUUGACUGGUUUCAUCACGUGUAGCUUUACUACCUUCGGUCAUGUUUUUUUCUUUCGAUUUGUAAAGUACCUCCUCUUGAGUGAGAACACCCGUGUGAUCCGUGGCUCCUGGUUGGUUGAAAUGUUUUGUCAGCCAUAGUAGCCAGGAAGUGAAGUGAAAAACACUCGGAGGAGAUUUGCUGUACUUAUGACUACAACACACCGUUUCAAACAUAACUGGGAAAAGAGACGGAGCUCUUCUCUUGGUUUCUCCAUGUAGACUGACUGUCUUCUGCAUGUGAUUGUACAGAUUUCAGUGUAACAUAAGUGAAAAAAACUAAACUAUUUCUUCUACUGUAAAUGUACGUAUGAUUCUUUACUGUUUUUUUGGUUAGUACUGUACUCUCAGGACAGUAACACAAA